AUGCGGUUAAGGUCGACAUUGCAACUCUCGCUGGCGCUUGGCCUCUCGAUAUGCACUUCCGCCGUUCUAGCACAAGGGAACAGCUCUGCCGCUGACUUGGAUUCUCUCCUCUUCUCAAGCCUCGAUGAUCGUCCCGGCGAGUGUCCUCCGUGUUUCAACUGCCAGCUCGACGCCUUCCAAUGCACCCAAUUUGCGUCUUGCGAUAAAUAUAGCGGAAAAUGUCUAUGCCCGCCUGGUUUCGGAGGGGAAGACUGCUCAACUCCGGUGUGCGGGUCACUCCCAGAUCGUCAGCGCCCUCCGCGGAAGGAUAAAUAUUGUCAAUGUAAGGAAGGCUGGGAAGGCAUCAACUGCAACGUCUGCCAGACAGACGAUGCCUGCAGUGCGAUGAUACCCGGUGGUGAGGAUGGUGUCUGCUACAAGCAAGGCGUUACGGUGAAGGAGAACUUUCAGAUGUGUGAUGUGACAAACCGAAAGAUCCUGGACCAGCUGAAGGAGCGCAAACCACAAGUGACAUUUGCUUGCGAAGCCGAGGACAAGACGUGUAACUUCCAAUUCUGGGUCGACCAGAGAGAGUCCUUUUACUGCGGCUUGGAGAACUGUGAAUGGGGCCUUGAAACCGAAUACAAUCAAAACAAGACACACUAUCGAUGCGAAAACAUCUCAUGCAAGUGCAUUCCUGGUCGUAUGCUCUGCGGUGAGGAGGGUUCCAUCGACAUUGGUGAUUUCCUCGACCAGUCCAUCAAAGGCCCGGCUUCGUUUUCGUCGCAAUCCACUGUCGGGGGCGACGAGAAGGAUGGCAGCACAUUCAAGGAGCCGGCAAUGGAUAACCUGAUCAAGAGCGUUUUCGGAGACGAGAGUAUCACACUCCAAUGUCGGUCAGGCGAAUGUCUCCACAAAUCAGAAGUGCCAGGGUAUCAGCGUCCUGUGAAGAAGAUCAACACUCCGCUUAUUGCAGGUGUUAUUGCUGGUUGUGCCCUCUUUGUCGUCGCAGUGAUACUUGGCCUUUGGUAUCAGUCACGUCGUUCUCGAUACACCCGACUCCAGACAGCCCUUUCGGACGAAUCCGAUGACGAAGCAUCCAAGCUCCUGGCCGAGCAUCGGCCGGCCGCGCUGUAUUGGGACAACGUUUCCUACUACGUCAACGGAAGAGAGAUUCUUACUGGUAUUCAGGGCGCCGCACCACCUGGUCAGAUUACCGCUAUUAUGGGUGCCUCUGGCGCAGGAAAGACCACUUUCCUUGACCUUCUGGCCAGAAAGAACAAGCGGGGCAUUACCCAAGGCGACUUCUACGUCAACGGAGAGAAGGUUGGCGACUCCGAGUUCAAGAGCAUGAUUGGUUUCGUUGAUCAGGAGGAUACUAUGCUUCCCACUCUGACCGUCCACGAGACGAUUCUGACGAGCGCGUUGCUUCGUCUUCCUCGAGACAUGAGCCGAUCUGCCAAGGAACAGCGCGUAUUUGAAGUCGAAAAGCAACUCGGGAUUUACCAGAUCAAGGACCAACUAAUCGGCUCUGAGGAGGGUUCAGGACGUGGAAUUUCUGGUGGUGAGAAGCGCCGGGUGGGCAUUGCCUGCGAGUUGGUUACCAGCCCAAGCAUCCUUUUCCUUGACGAACCCACUAGUGGUCUGGACGCCUUCAAUGCUUUCAACGUCGUCGAAUGCCUAGUGACCUUGGCCAAGACGUAUAACCGGACCGUGAUCUUUACCAUCCAUCAGCCUCGCUCCAAUAUUGUGGCUCUUUUCGAUCGAUUGAUACUCCUAGCCAAGGGCAAGACCGUCUACUCGGGUCCAUUCUCAACAUGCCAACAGUAUUUCGAUGACGCUGGUUACGCGUGCCCACCCGGAUUCAACAUUGCCGAUUACCUAGUAGAUCUCACAAUGCAUGCUAGUGUUGCUACUCAAUUCCACAGCGAUGAAGAAGAUAGCCCGCUCUUAGCUGUGCGUACCGAUCCGCCCAAGACCGCGUCGAGUAGUCUGAGAGCGGUGAAGUCCGUGGCAAGUGCGUCAAAUGCCAGUGUCGAGGAAACCCCCAAUAACAGCUUCGAAUACAACCGACGGCCAAGAGGCAAGAGAAGGGCUUCCCUCAAGCAGCGCCAGGACCGUCAGCUCUACUCCCGAAGAAGAGACCCUGACGCGCCACCCACCCCCCGGACUGAUGAAGAGGAUGCUGUUGGAGAGGCAGAUGGCAACCAGCAGUGGCUGCGCUUGUCACGUCAAGAAGGCCAAGCGCCAGCUCAGAUCCUUGAAGACCCGGAUGAGCUACCCCCGGCCGCCCCAGGACAGACCGACUUGGACAUAAUGGUUACCCAUUUUGCAGAAUCCGACGUGGCACAGUCUGUGCGAGAAGAGAUAUCAGCAGCAAUUCGCCAUGCUCAACCCGCCAAUGGGUCCAUCAACUCAGGAGUAACCUCAUCUUCAGCUGCUGGCCUAUCUAAGAGCUACGCACGUGUAGGCCUUGGCCGGCAGUUUAUCAUUCUGUCGCAGAGAACCUGGAAGAACCUUUACCGCAACCCGAUGUUGAUGCUCACCCACUAUGCGAUUUCCAUCCUUCUCGCUGUUUUGUGUGGAUUCCUCUUCUAUGGUCUCACUGAUGAUAUCAAGGGGUUCCAGAACCGUCUGGGUCUCUUUUUCUUCGUUCUUGCCCUCUUUGGGUUCAGCACACUGACCAGCUUAACUGUUUUCUCGACCGAACGUCUUCUAUUCGUGAGGGAGCGUGCCAACGGAUACUAUCACCCUGUUACAUACUAUGCCGCGAAAGUGGUCUUUGACAUUAUACCCCUCCGGCUCAUUCCGCCGAUCAUUAUGGGAGUGAUUGUGUACCCGAUGACCGGAUUGAUCCCAGCAUGGGGUGAAUUUUUCCGGUUUAUCCUUGUGUUGGUCCUCUUCAACCUGGCUGCUGCCACCAUUUGCUUAUUCAUCGGUAUUGUAUUCCGAGAUGGCGGUGUCGCCAACCUGAUUGGUAGCUUGGUCAUGCUGUUCAGUCUCUUGUUUGCCGGACUAUUGCUCAACCACGAUGCUAUCCCACCGUCCGCACUCUGGUUGCAAUCUGUAUGCCCUAUCCAUUCCCCCCUGUUUUCAAUAGCUAACUUUGCUUUAGCUAUCCAUCUUCCACUAUGGCUUCGAGGCGUUGAUUGUCAAUGA